AUAACAGCGGCGCGUUUGUAUCAUAGACUGUAUGGUUUGUAUGCUUGUGUAAAGUGUAAAAAUCGCUGGAGGAAACAAGGACGAAUUUUACACCUGAAAGCAAAAAAUAAACACUAAGAAAAUGUCAUCCGUGAAUCUGACCAGCUUAGGAGCCAACCAAGUGAAAAACACCACGUCUGGAGAGAUGGUGGAGAUUGGUUCUCUGUGGCGGGAGCAGACAGUUAUUCUCUUCUUCUUGCGGAGGUUUGGUUGUCAGGUGUGUCGGUGGAUGGCAGCGGAGGUCAGUAAACUGGAGAAGAACCUGAAAGCAAAUGGUGUCGCUCUGAUCGGCAUCGGACCCGAAGAGACGGGAGUGAAGGAGUUCAAGGAUGGGGGAUUCUUUAAGGGUGACAUCUACAUUGAUGAGAAGAAACAGUGUUACAACGAUUUAGGCUUUAAAAGGUACAAUGCCGUGAAUGUGAUUCCAGCUGCUAUGGGAAAGAGCGUACGAGAAAUUGCCUCAAAGGCAAGUGCAGAAGGAAUUCAUGGAAACUUUAGUGGAGAUCUUCUGCAGAGUGGAGGCAUGCUCAUCGUCACAAAAGAACUUUUUAUCCCACAACAAUACACGCAUGGAUCGUCAGGAGGAGCAGAUGCUAGCUACGGGAAGGGCGAUGCAAGCCUUGGUAGCGCAGGUGUCCGAGCUCCAACUACAACAGCUGAGCUUACCCACUGCGCUACUCCCACCGCCGGUUCCCUCUACAUCUACAGGCAUCGGGCGUCAGCAUGA